GCGCUGGCCGCCUCCUCCCGCCGCCUGCUCGCCCAGGCCCCGCGGCGCACUGAGGGCGUCGAGCCGCGCCGUGCCAGCGAGAAGGAGCAGCUGCGCGGCCUCAACGAGCGCUUCGCCGGUUACAUCGAGCGUGUGCGGGCGCUGGAAGAGCGCAACCGGGCGCUGGCCGCCGGGCUGCAGGACACCAUUGGGCAGCUGGAGGCUGACCUGCGCAACACUAAAACCGAGAUGGCUCGGCACCUGAGGGAGUACCAGGACCUGCUGAAUGUCAAGAUGGCUCUGGAUAUCGAGAUCGCUGCCUACAGGAAGCUGCUGGAGGGAGAGGAAAACCUGUUCAGCAUGGGGAGCGUUGGCUUUCCAGCCAUAAACCCCCUCCCCAACCCUACCUACUCUUUCCAGCCACGCUCCUCCACUCCAUCCUUCAAGAAAGAGGAGCGAAGAGAGGCGGUUAGAGCAACCUCCAAGAUACCAUCCGGUCAGGCUGGGAUGCUUGACGGGACCAUAACCACUGCCAAGAAAAUGGAGAGAUUCAACGUGCAUGGAGGAAUCAUUGCAAAUGCUAAAGUGUAAUGGUGGGGAUCCCAUCCCUUUUGCAUUUGGGGGGGAGCAGUCUUCAGUUGGCCCUUUAAUUGCCUCUUGGGCACUGGGUUGUGCUCAGCAGCUCCGAUUACAAGGACCCCUGUAGGGUCAGGGCUCAGCAGCCUCCGGCAAAACAAGGGCCGAGCUCAGCACACUGCUCCCUCUCAAGUCAGGUGGCGGCCACAUGGGUCGCUGGGUGCAUGCUGGUGGGUGUUGUGGGUGCACGGGGAUUUGUGGCAGCGAGGAGGGGACUCACUGCAAUUUAGGGAGGGGGUGGCGAGGGCAAUGGAACUCAACUACAACUAAGGUUAAGGCUACAGCCCUUCACCUACUGUCCAAAUCCAUGUGUAGCUAAAGUGUUUCCUCUUCUUCAAGGUGUAGCCAUCCACUUUUAACUCAGAAGCACAGAAAUAGCCAUAAACACACCUUGCUUCUGGUCUGUGAGCCACUUAUAUUUUAAACUAUAAGGAAUGUCUUUUUUUUUUGUUCUGACAACUCUUUCUGUUUCUCGGUAGCGCUAGUCUGGCCACAUGCAUGGGGUUUGUUGUUGGGAACCAACACCUAGUGCCCCUCUCCACGUACAGCAGGGAGGGCUGGGUGCUGCCAAAUGCCACAUCCACACUUGAGCUCCAGCCUUCCAACAUGUGCCAAAUCUGACGUAGGAUUUACAACUGUAGGUUUCUUUCAAUGCCUUAAAAUUGCCAGCUUCUGCAAGAGCCAGAGACUGUGUGUAUGUGUGCGUGUGCUACAUAUUGGUGCCCGGGCGAGGCUGCCAUCACAAGACCUUAUUGCCCUCUCAGUGUUGCCAGAGUAGUUCCUGGAACCAGCAAACUGUUUGCUCACACUCUUUCCUCUUCUACUGUAAGGCACAAGUUAAUAAUUAAAACAAAAGAAAGAGUUACAUGAACCAAACAAAGCUCUUCUGUCUUCUUUCC